CUGCGCAGAGCAUCCAGGGCUCGGCGGUGUUCGGUGCUGAAGUGGGGCGGAUGGCAGAAAAACAGCGGCGAUGGACAUUAAACCGCGGGAUUACCAUAUACGAUGUCGUUAAAGGAGCAUCGGACCUGCACAUUUCACCAGCUAUCAGCCUAGGACACUGACAGGCCGCCGCAAAGGGAUGCUGUUUUUUCACUGCCCCAUCUGUAAAUGACCCAUUCUCCAAGUUAUAAAGAAGUUUAGGAAGAAACGGUUGAAGCAACCACCAGAGUCACGGAACAAGACGACAAAAAGAGAAAUGGUUGUUGUUCAGUCCAGCUCUUGAGUCUUACUGAAGUCUGUCAGGGAUGGUGAAUCCAAGCAGUAACCUCUCUUCUCUGUGGUCCAGCCAACCUCAUUGCUACAUUUACAGCCAGUGUCAGAGCCAUCAGUCACUUCAGCCAGCCCUCUAUCAUCCAGCAACAAGUUACCUCAGCGCCAUGACUGCUUUGUCUCAGCUGGUUUUAGAAAAUAACUAAUUCAUGCCCCGCAGUGUGAGUGGAGUGGAGAUGAGAAAAAGGCAGGCGGCACACAUCGAGGCUCCAGCCCAGGCCCCCGGACAGCCACGACCCAACACCUGUUGCCUGUGCUGGUGCGGCUGCUGCAAGUGUCUGUGGAAUGAAGACAGGAUGGAAAGGAGUGAACGCCAAACCUGCAAAAUGGACACUAUUGAGGCUGGAGAUGAACAACACCCCACUUUGGACGAGGUGCUGUCGUGGGCUCGGAGCUUUGAGCUGAUGCUUCGAUCUUUAGAAGGCCGAGAGGUGUUCCGUGAGUUCCUGCGCUCCGAGUACAGUGAGGACAACCUGCUCUUCUGGUUGGCCUGUGAUGAGCUUAAGAGUGAAACCAAUCCUACAGUGGUGGAAGAAAAGGCUAGGAUCAUAUACGAAGAUUAUGUGUCCAUAUUGUCACCCAAAGAGGUGAGUCUGGACUCUCGGGUCAGAGAAGGAAUCAAUCAGAGUCUAGCAGAGCCCAGUAACCUGAUGUACGAAGAGGCCCAGCUGCAGAUCUACACCUUGAUGCACCGCGACUCCUACCCCCGCUUCCUCAACUCCUCCGUUUACAGAGACCUCCUGGCCAGCAGGAGGCGCACUUGCCUCGACACCUAAGCACUCCUCUAUUGCCAUCCUAUACCAACGAUACUACUACUUAAACUUCAAAUACUACUAUGGUGCCAGAAGUCGGGUUUGAAAAAAUCUUUACCUGGUUUGUGGUUGAAGAGACUGUAUGACAUCCAAAAUAGCUGGUUGUUUUUUUAAUUUAUAUUUUUAAGCAAUUUAUAUCCAGUUCUCUGCUGGAAUUUAAGUUGGCCUUAGCUGGUUGAUUAUUGGACAAAUUAUGGCUCUAAUGCUGGCCAGUGAUUGUGUAGCUAAGAGUUUGUGGUUUGGGGUGGCUGACUGGCCAGGCCGCUUCUCAGCAUGUGUUUGAAAUGGCCAACCACAUGGCCAGCGGUGGGUAACUGGAUAAGAAGCUAGACAAAGAAAGAGACACAUAAGGACAAGCCAACUGUUCCUGUACUGUAAUCCUGUAUUAAGACCUUAUCUUUUUUAUCCUGA